AUGGUGUAUUGCCGCUCUGAUGCUGCAUGCUUAUGUUUGUCUUGUGAUCGGAAUGUUCAUUCUGCUAAUGCCCUUUCCAGGCGCCAUUCACGCACCCUUUUGUGUGAAAGAUGCAAUUCACAACCUGCCUUUGUUAGGUGUGUUGAAGAGAAAAUUUCGCUGUGUCAGAGUUGUCUUUGGUUGGGUCAUGGAGCCUCUACAUCAUCUUCAACGCAUAAGAGACAAGCAAUCAGUUGCUACUCUGGCUGCCCUUCAGCGGCGGAACUAUCUUCAAUAUGGUCAUUUGUGUUGGAUAUCCCUGCCAUUAGUGAGUCUACAUGUGAGCAAGAACUAGGUUUAAUGAGUAUUAAUGAGAACAAUAACAAGAGUGUUGGGGUUCCUCCUAAGAACCGGAAUGUGUCUGGUUCAGAUCAAGUUACUGAUCUACCUGCUUUGGACAAGUCUUUGGUUGGUAUAUCUUUAAUGCCUGAGUCAAGCUCUGAAUCUCGUAUUCUGGACCAGCCAGCUGGGCCUGCCAAUGAAUGUCUGCCAAAGCUGUACUGUCCUGGUACAAAAUGCCCUGCAUUAUGUGAUGAUGAUAAUCUGUAUGAUGAUUUUGACAUGGAUGAAGUGGAUCUAAAUCUUGAGAACUAUGAAGAACUUUUUGGUGUGGCCCUCAGUCAUUCUGAAGAGCUAUUUGAAAAUGGUGGAAUUGAUAGCUUGUUUGGGACAAAGGACAUGUCUGCCGGAGAUUCCAAUUGUCAGGAUGCUAUUGCUGCUGAGGGAUCAUCGGUUGGACUGAUCAAUACAAUACAACCGGCUUGCAGCAAUGCAGCAUCAGCCGAUUCCAUUUUGAGUACUAAAACCGAACCGAUUCUUUGUUUUACUGGGAGGCAAACACAAUCAAACCUUUCUUUUUCUGGCAUUACCGGGGAGAGUAGUGCUGCAGACUAUCAAGACUGUGGGGCUUCUUCCAUGCUUCUCAUGGGGGAACCUCCUUGGUUUGCUCCUUGUCCUGAGAAUUCCCUACAAUCUGCCAACCGCAGCAAUGCUGUCUUGCGUUACAAGGAAAAGAAGAAGGCAAGAAAGUUCGACAAACAAGUACGGUAUGCCUCUCGCAAGGCAAGGGCAGAUGUCAGAAGGCGUGUGAAAGGGCGGUUUGUCAAAGCCGGUGACGUCUAUGAUUAUGACCCUUUGAGCGCGACCAGAAGCUGCUGA